GACCUUGUAGUUAGAGAAUUACAGUCUUUUUAGUAUGGGUAUGCUAUUUUCGAGCAGAGGCCUAAAAAUAGGGCUAAAGUAACAAAGAUAUAUAAUGUAAUUCAAGACAAACCAUGUAAACCAAGUAAACUCAGUGCUGCCAGUGCACUGGUGGCUGGAAGAUGUACUGCAGUGAUACUGCUCAGUUACAACUACAGCUAUGCGCGCUAUCACAAAAUAUUGAAAAAGUAACCAAUGAGAGUAUCGAUAAGAGCAUUAACAUCAAUAGAAUCCUAACGAUACCGACAGGGUGAGUAUGUUUUCUAAUGAAUGUUUGUGUGUCAGACUGAUCUGUCAUAUCGUAGUCGAGUCUACAAACCGAAGGAAAACCUCCGGCUGGACAUACGGACCAAUCAGGACGGUCUGGUCGCUCUGUCUGCUGUUGACUCCGCCCUCUACGCGCUGCGACCCAACUACAGGGACCCCGUGACCAUGGUUCUGCAUCACCUGGAGCAAAGUGACCAGGGCUGUGGCGGUGGCGGUGGCAGAGACAGCGCAGACGUCUUCCGAUUGGCCGGCCUCACCUUCAUCACCAACGCCAACGCCCGCCCAUCAACCAGCAUUGAGGCGUGCACAGCAUCCGUGCGUCCAAAGCGAGCUCUGACUGAAGAGCAGAAGACAAAGAAAGCGGAGAGUUACGGUCCACUGAAGACCUGCUGUGAACAGGGUAUGAGGUACAUUCCAAAGAGUUUGAGCUGCCAUAAGUUCGCCCUGCAGAAAGUCAGGAAACACGCUCCCUGCAGACAGGCCUUCAGAGCCUGCUGUGAGUUCCUCCAGCAGAACCUGGACCAGAACCAGGACCUUGUCCUGGGACGCAACGCGAUGGGUGCAGAGUUUGACGUGGCUCCUUCUCUGGUCCGGAGCUACUUUCCAGAGAGCUGGAUGUGGGAGGUGCAGCGUGUCAGUUCGGGCCAGUUGUUGGUCAUCAGGCCUCUACCAGACUCUCUCACCACCUGGGAGAUCAAGGCCAUCGGCAUGUUCAACAACGGUGUGUGUGUUGCGGAGCCGGUCCAGGUGUCGGCCCGUCUGGUCCUCAGUGUGGACGUCCCUCUUCCUUAUCAGGUGGUCAGAGGAGAACAGGUGGAGCUGACGGGCUCCGUCUACAACCAGCAGGCCGACGCCGUCACGUACUGUGUGACGCUGACAGCUGGUCCAGCGGUGUGUCUGCAGCAGUCCCACCCUGUUGCUGGGGGGGCGGGGCUUCACUCAACGUCCUGCAGCUGGAGCCCCCUGUCUGCUGGGGGGUCUGCGAAGGUGAGCUUCACCCUGCUGGGUCUGGAGCCCGGAGACCACGUCCUGACCUUCACCCUGAAGACCCCCCGAGGAGGAGGAGGAGGAGACGUCCUGGUGAAGAAGCUGAGGGUGGUGCCUGAAGGAGUGAAGAAGGAGAAGUUCUCUGGAGGCAGACUGGACCCACAGGGACUCUACGGAUCAGAGAAGAGAACGGUGGAGCUGAAGAACGAACCGCCGGCCAACGUUGUCCCCAACACGGCCGUGGAGAGGAUGCUGACCAUCAACGGUGAGACAUGGAGCUGUGAAGAGUUACUCCGAUUCUUUGUUGUUCCAGAAUUAAUCAUCUAAAUGUUAUAUAUGUUUACAUAUAGGCAGGACCAGGUAU